GUUUUAAUUUUAAAUUUUCAGAAACGAUACACGUGGAGUUCUGUCCCUAUUAAAGAACCCAUUGCCGUAACCUCGAAAAACCCUAGCCGCCCCUCAGAGAGAGAACAAACAGCUCGCUUCCUUCUCCGGCCCUCGUUCGCUACACGUCGACAUGGGUAAGGUGCACGGUUCUUUGGCUCGCGCCGGGAAGGUUCGAGGGCAGACGCCGAAGGUGGCGAAGCAGGACAAGAAGAAGAAGCCCCGCGGAAGGGCCCACAAACGCAUGCAGUACAAUCGUCGUUUCGUCACCGCCGUUGUUGGAUUCGGGAAGAAGAGGGGUCCAAACUCGUCGGAGAAGUAAAGAUUCUGGUGGUCACGGUGGUACCAAAUUGCCUCCUUUAUCAUUUUGCGUACCAUUUCCUGUCUACGUACUUUAUCCUUUUGAUCUUUCUUUGUUUUUUUUUUCCUUUUUGUCUUUGAUUACAGUAACUAAGUGGGAUAUGAAUUGAAUCGUGGAAUUCUUCUUUA